UUCUUGAAACAGAAAUUACAUUCUCAAAAUAACAUGGACAAACCUCCAAACCUCUUGGCAAAUGUUCACAACAGAAUGGCAUUUCUCAUUCAUUUUAUCAAAUGGCAAAUGCCUUAGUACAUGUCUCAAUUGUCUCAGUGCAUCUUUGCAAAUGAUUAAGUACAAGUAGCCUACAGUUAUACAGUUAGCCCACAUUUAGCACAUUUUCCAAAUGAAUAGAUCCUGUAGAUCUAAACUGAUUAGUUGAUUCUCAGUCUAAUGAUCAUUCUCUCCAAAACAUGUCGGCAUGAUUUCAUUGUAUAAGUACUCGCAUGCACAACUGUCUGUUCAAUUGUCAAAAUUGGUCAAGAACAUAAUACCAUGAAUACCAUAUAUGAAUUUCUUUGAAUAUUUGAUAAAUUGAUAACAGUCAUUGACAGUCAGGUGAAACUAGACUAACGAAGGGGGAGUGUCACACACAGGUGUGUUCCAUGAUUGUGUGCUGCCAAACACAGAUACAUAGAGCUUGACCAGAGCCAGUCCGAUCGCUGAACAUGGAUAGACAAGGCCAAGCAAACGGACAAGGGGAAGUUCUCCCUCAAGGAAGAGGAGGAAGAAGAAGAGGAGGACUGAGAAUGCGUGGUGGAGGAAUAGGGGGAAGAGGCGGAGGUGCGCGAAGACACUGUGCUGUCCCGAAUGAAAUUCGGGCCACAAUUAUAGACCAUGUCAUAAACCAUGGCCUCACAAUGGCAGAGGCAGGUCGUCGAGUGCAGCCUAAUGUGCCUCCGCUCUACAGUCUCCUCCAUCAUCCAAACCUUUCGCAGGGAAAACAGGAUUGGACGACAACCUCGCGUGGGUGGCAGAGGAAAACUGCUCAAUGAACAACAGGAAAGAGAGAUUUGUAACAUGGUGAUGGCAAAUAAUGCCAUCACAUUGAGACAGAUCCGUGAUGCCAUCCUUCAGGACUAUCAUAUAUUCCAGAAUAUAAACACAAUAAGCAUCUCCACAAUAGACCGGGUUUUGAAGAAGCAUCAGAUGACAAUGGUUUCAAUACCUCCUUUACCUGAUUUCAGAAUCAGUAUUUGCUUCAUCUGACUUUAACAAUUUCAACAGAAAACUGCAGUUUACUGUAUGAUACAAUUCUCAUUAUAAUCCUUAUUUUGUUGCCUCCCAAUCAAAUCUGUCUAAUACUGUAGGUUUUACUGUAACAUCUCAGUGACUCAUCAGUAUUUCCCACUCCCCUUUCUAUCAUAUACCCCUGCAGUACUUCCUCAUAGGCCACUAGUUUAGAACCACUGGAGUAGUGGCCUGUAGUAUAUUGAACCUGUGGGGGAGAACAUGUAAUUGUCUAACUGUAGUAUAUGACUCUUCUGUAUGACUGAUUUUAUGUUCUUUACUCUAUUUUAGAGAAUAAUGGCAUUGGAAGGACAUGAGACCCCUCACAUCCUGGUGUUCGUGGAUGAAGCUGGCUUCAACCUGGCCAAGGGCCGAAGACGUGGCCGUAAUAUUAUUGGCCACUGGGCCACAGUGGAUGUCCCAGGUCAGCGAGGGGGCAAUAUAACUAUGUGUGCUGCCAUUUCUGAAAAUGGUGUGGCCACCCACAUCCCCAGUCUUGGCCCAUACAACACACACAAGCUCCUCAUCUUCUUGGAUCGCCUUUAUACCAAUCUUAUCCCUGAAUAUGAGAGAGGUCUCAUAGGGCCUCACCUACCCAUUUAUGUAAUUGUGUGGGACAAUGUCAGUUUCCACCAUAGCCCACUCUUUAGGGGCUGGUUUGCAACGCAUCCAAGGAUGGUCAUGGGCUUCCUACCACCUUACUCUCCUUUCCUCAAUCCGAUAGAGGAGUUUUUCUCUGCUUGGAGGUGGAGAGUGUAUGAGCAUCAUGCUCAGGAUCAGCCGUCCCUGCUCCAUGCUAUGGACGCAGCGUGUGACGAUAUUACAGGAGAUCAAUGCAGGGGAUGGUUGCGGCAUGCACGCCGUUUCUUCCCUCGUUGCAUCGCAAGAGAAAGUAUCCGCUGUGAUGUGGACGAGAAUCUGUGGCCAGACGGACAACAGCGUGUAAAUAAUCAGGAGGGUGAAGACAGUGGACAAGAGCGGGAGAAUGAGUACAGCGACCACUGAAUAAGUCCUUGUUUUUUGAUUUUGUGUUCAUACAAUUUACUACUGUAAUGUACAUUUUCUUUUUACAUAUGUAUGAAGCUUUCUUUGCGUGUGAAUAUGGAAUGGUUAUAAUUUCCUUGGUAGUGUGAGUGCAAUCUGUGAUGUCAAACCUUGGAGGCUACUCUUUUCUGUUGUAUAUUGUUGGUCCCCUGCCAUAGUGACAAAACAUCUAAACAUUUUGUAUGGCAGUACUCACACAAUGCCAAAGGGACGAUGCAUUUUGGGGGCACUGACUAUUCAGAUUAGCAAGAAAUGUAGUUUUGACACAUGAGUGAACUGUUUUAGGAGAGAUAUGAGCUUUUGCAGGUGGACCAUGUUGUUGUGAUCAACCAUCCAGGUUUAUUUUGACAAAAGCACCAAGAAUGAUGAGAA